AUGGAAAAGAAAAGAAGGCCAUCGGACUCCUCUGCGUAUUUAGGUGGCCAAGAACUCCUGCCAUUUGCAAACCGAGAAGAUGCAGGAAUCCACGAGAAAUGGGCACCUGCUGAACUCGCAGCUCAUCCGGACCGUCCAUCAUCUGCCUCAUCAUCGGGUACAUUUGUUGGAGGAAGUCCACAGAUCGGAGAUGACGGACGUGUUAAUAUCGAUCUCAAGUCCAGAUUGGCGCGAUCGCUUUCAGUGGUAUAUGGCCCUCCUCGCGACGACACACCGGAGGCCCCGCCGGAGGAUUCUGAUUUUACGGACAGUCCGGAUCCCUACAAGUCUUGGCCGAUCAAAUUGAACAUCGUUAUCCAGGUUGUUGGUAGUCGAGGAGACGUCCAGCCCUUUAUCGCGCUUGGUCACGAACUUCGCUUGUAUGGCCAUCGCGUGAGGAUAGCAACUCAUAAUAUGUUUGAGGAUUUUGUGCGAAAUUCCGGCUCCGGACUGGAGUUCUACCCAAUUGGCGGCAAUCCAGCAGAGUUGAUGGCGUACAUGGUGAAGAACCCCGGACUUAUCCCUAGCCUCAAGAGCGUGCAGGCCGGUGAGAUCAAGAGAAAGCGUAUGAUGGUUAGAGACAUGUUGGAAGGAUGCUGGAGCUCAUGUAUUGAGCCAGACACUUUGACGCAAGAGCCUUUUGUGGCAGACGCCAUCAUUGCAAACCCGCCAAGUUUUGCACAUGUUCACUGCGCGCAGGCCUUGGGCAUUCCUAUCCAUUUGAUGUUUACUAUGCCAUGGACAAGCACGAAAGCAUUCCCGCACCCACUGGCGAACCUAAAGAAUGCAGAUGGCGAAGAAGGGCUUGCAAAUUACUUAUCGUAUGGAAUUGUUGAUUGGCUGACAUGGCAAGGGCUUGGUGAUGUCAUCAACGAUUGGCGGGAUACACUUGAUUUGGAGCACGUAGCCAUGUUUGAUGGGCCUUGUCUUGCAGACACGCUCAAGAUUUCCUUUACGUACUGUUGGUCGCCAGCCCUCGUACCAAAACCGGCAGACUGGCCGCCAUACGUCGACGUGUGUGGGUUUUUCUUUCGAGAUCCUCCUCACUACGAACCACCACCUGAAAUUCGAUCAUUCAUUGAAAGCGGACCGCCUCCAGUAUACAUUGGAUUCGGCAGCAUCGUACUUGAAGAUCCACAGAGGAUUACUUCCGCAAUUCUGGGCGCUGUACAAGCUAAUAGGUUCCGUGCUAUUGUCUCCAAAGGCUGGUCGAAUUUGGGUGAGCACGGAGAAUCCCACAAAGACGUAAUCUUUAUUGGGGACUGUCCUCACGAAUGGUUGUUCCAGCAUGUGACCGCCGUGGUACAUCAUGGUGGUGCUGGCACUACUGCAUGUGGUUUGAAGAACGGCAGGCCGACUACCAUUGUACCUUUCUUUGGAGAUCAGCCAUUCUGGGGUAGAAUGGUCGCUGCAGCAGGUGCUGGUCCUAUGCCUAUUCCCCAACGGCAAUUGACUACGGAAAGCCUCUCUGAAGCAGUGAAGUUCUGUCUUUCUGACGAGGUGGUGAGAGCGGCUGCGGCCAUCGCCGAGCGAAUGAAAUCUGAGGUGGGUGUCGAAGCUGCAGCAAAGUCCUUCCACCGGAAUCUACCAAUCAAGAAAAUGCUUUGCGAUGUAGUUCCACACCUGCCAGCAGCAUUCUACUAUCACAAGGGGAACAAUAUGAUCAAGCUAUCAUCCUUUGCUGCAGAAAUUGUGUUUCCAAAGGCACGGAAGGAUAUAAAGUACCUGAAGUUAUACGAGAGCAACCCUAUCAACAUCGAAACCCGCCGGUGGGACCCCAUCUCCGGCGGGGCGUCUGCGGUACUUAGUACCGCAGUCGACCUCACGUCAGGCGUAACGGGGUUAUUCACCAAGCCAAUCACCGAGUAUCGGGACGAUCGCGACAGACGUGCUUACGAAGAAUCAAACGCAGAAUCAUCAAAAGCCGCCAACACCAAGAACAAUCCAACAAAGUCCAACUCUGACAGCGCAAGUGUCAUGACGUCCGCAAGUGGCACAAAGAAGCGAGAACCCAUAUCUGCAGGUCGGCUGGCAGGUGCCUCCGGCAUGAGCAUCGCGAUGGCUGCCCCAAAGGCCUUGAAAGGCAUGACUGUUGAUAUCCCGCUCGCUCUAACUGAAGGGCUUAAACACGUGCCCAGUCACUACGGCGACAUCCCUCGUAACCACGGCCCAGUAACCGGUUUCAAGAGCGGCGCAGCUGUGGCCGGCAAAACUUUCGCAUGGGGAUUCAUAGAUGGUAUUAGUGAUGUCGUUGUAAAGCCCUACCAAGGCGCUCAGAAGGAGGGUGCGAAGGGCGCUGCUAAAGGGCUAGGCAAGGGCAUGGUGAACUUAGCUACCAAGAGUGGUGCUGGUAUGUUUGGUCUUUUCGGGUAUACGAGCGCUGGGAUUGCGAAGAGUUUGAGGACAGCUGUGUAUACGAAGAUUCGGAAGAGCAUUACUGAAGCAAGACAUGCAGAGGGGAGGUGGCUGGCUGAGAAGAGCGCACAUGGGGAUGAGACGGAGAAGAUCGUGGCGGCUUUUGAGGCAUUGAGGAAGAAAAAGAAAGGUUAA